AUGUUUCUGUCCAACUCCUUUUUUUUUUUUUUUUUUGUGUGUGUGUCUUCCUUUGCGCCGUGCAGUCCGGGAUUUACCCCAUUUGCAGCCACUGUGCGCAUGGACAGGAGACGUGGGUCCGAUGACGCCUCAGACUCCUGCGGCAGCUCCCAGAGCCGGAGCUUUGAGCAUACGCGACAGCAAGAGCGGACAUCUCAUGUUUGGUCACAGAUGAACUCCAACCGGAGUGAAGGAGGUUCCUACAGCCGAGCCGGCAGCGGGGAGGCCGAUGAGGCACAAGAACUAAUGACUCUCGUUCGCGCGGAAGACAGCUUUCCGCUUCUUCACGACUCCGUUUACAGCGAUACUUCAUUUGAUGGGUUCGGUCGUGCCAAACGGAAAGAUCUCUACCACAACCCUCAUGUAUACGAAAGCGUCUCUGUCACACGAGAUUUUCCUUCUGAAACUUCGAGUCCCCCCAGUGUAUCUUUGAAGGAGUGGUAUGCGCAUGGUGAACAGGGGCGGCUCUCCCGAAUGCAAUACCGCGAUGAGUAUACUCAAUUAUUGAAUCCGCAGCAACAGACGCAGCGGCAUUCUGGCACGGAUGCGGAUGCAGAUGAGGAUCGCGCUUCUUCCUCUUUUAAAACACCAGAAACGUCAACCCCUUCGGCGAAUGAGAAAAGUUGUGCCACGCCAAAAGCAGAGGCGGUGGAGGUAGAGAUGCACGAUCAAAGCGACGAAAAAUCUGACAAAAAACAAGCUCGUUUUGUGGAUAAUAACCCGGAACCUGUUAGUACCAACAUGGAGCGGAUGAAAUAUGAAGUUCCUGAAGAUCCCCGCAAUCUUAUCAUUAAUGUAAUUGUAAAUAGUGCUUCUGCCAGUGUAACUCUUCAAGAAAUCCACAAUGCUCUGCAGUGGGAGGAGCAAUUUGAGGCGACGAAUGGUAGCGUCCUGGAAUACCUGCAAGGUUAUCAGUCCAUAUUUGCCGUAUCCCCAAUAGACGACCGUGUGACGCUACGUCGUCCCUUGAAAACGGCAAAAGGCCGUCGUAAAGUACGUGGUCAACGUGGGCACUGUUCCAUCCCCAACAAAAUAGGGAGCAUCAGCUAUAGUUAUGUGGCCUCGGCUUUUGAUCUGGACGCUCUUUCUGCGAUCUAUAAACGCCGCGGAUAUGAUACAGCUCUUAUUUAUGAAGUUCUUCACGUCUCUUCUCAUCGUAUUUUUGACAUGUUCCUGUUUCCAAAUGGUGUGGUGGUAUGGUGGGGGUUGAAUCGACGAGAUCAUUGGCUGGUGGAAGACGAUUUUUUGUCCUCCGUCAACUCCUUCGUGCGGGAGGGGGUGAAAGAACGCCAUGCUCAGAAAGCGAUUGACGACUUGUUCCCGUUCUGGUGCUCCUACGAGUUGGAUGAGCACUACGACUCGAGUACGCCCUCUCGCAGGGAAGAGGCCCUUGAACGCUUUGGUACCCAUCUCUGCUUUGACCACUAUCUCAUUCCUGUUGUCAAGCCCCUCCGCACACAAAUUAUGCUCACAGUUUCCUACUCCCUCGGUCGUACCGCCGUGGUCGACUUUUUCGAUAACAUGACGCAUCAUUUGCAAAAACAGGUGUUGGCGAUCCCUUCCGAUAUCAAAAGUCUUUUUGAUUAUUUUUCGAUGCGACACCACAUUGCGCACCGUGAGGGGGAAAUCCAACUGGCACGCUCAGCCAUCAUGGCCCUACGUGAUUCACCUGAAUUUUUGUGGGAAAUGCCGUGGUUGGAUGAUUAUUAUCAACUCGCAGAAAGGCAAAAUGCAUCGGGUCAGCUUCUUAUUUGCUUCAUCGCCAAGAGUGAUGCUCUCCUGCAGCAAUUGGCGUAUAUUAAGACGAGGCGGUUUUGUCUUUUCAUUUUAGGCUCAGACGUUUUUUUGAUUUUAAUUCUUGUGGCGGACGUUUUCUUCAUCAUGGCAGGUUUUAUUCUGAAGCUUUACUUUAAUCUAGAGAAGGAGGAGACGGCGCCGUCGUGA